GCCGGAACCGGGGCGCGUGCGCGUGCGCGGGGCGCGCGGCCAUGGCGGACGCGGUGCUGUUCCGGCGCGGCACCGGCCAGAGCGACGACUCGGACAUCUGGGACGACACGGCCCUCAUCAAGGCCUACGACAAGGCGGUGGCCUCCUUCAAGAAUGCCUUAAAGAAUGGGGAGUGCUCGGAGCCUUCCGACAAGCAGGAGAAGUGCAUGGUGAUAAAGAGAAAAAACCAUAAAAAGAACAGAAAUAGAAAGAAGAGCAACACAGCGCCUUUGAAACAGGUCAGCUCGCCUUGGAAAGUUGGUGACAGCUGCAGUGCUGUUUGGUCUGAGGAUGGUAAUUUGUACCUGGCAACUAUUGCCUCCAUCAACCAGAAGAGAGGCACGUGUGUUGUUACUUACACAGGAUAUGGGAAUCAGGAGGAGCAGAACCUGUCUGAUCUACUUCCUCCAGCCAGCGAUGAAACAGUAAAUGGGACGGGGAAUUCUGGGGAGACACAAGCUGAUGGAAGGAAUGAAAGUGUCCCUUUACUUCAUGAACUCAGCAUGGAAGAAAGGGAGGGGGCAACAAGAAUUUCACCAGUGAAAGAUAACAUAGCUAAAAUGAAUGAAAAUGAGACUCCAUAUUCAACAGAUGAGAGUGAAAAAUCUUCCCAGUCACCUCGAAACAAAACCAACUGCACAAAAGCAAGAUUCUCCCCUCAAAACCUGCAAUUUCCUACACCACCACCACCACCACCACCAGUCCCAGGCCUGGGAAGACCUGGAUCAAAAUGCAAGACACCACCAUCAUUUUUAUCUUGCUGGCCACCACCUUUCCCAGCAGGACCACCGUUGAUUCCUCCUCCACCACCUAUGAGGCCAGACUCUCCUGAGGACGACGAAGCAUUGGGGAGCAUGUUGAUAGCCUGGUACAUGAGUGGAUAUCACACUGGAUAUUACCUGGGUUUAAAACAAAGUCGAAUGGAAGCAGCACUGGAGAGACAGACGCAUGCGAAAUGACUGAAUGUCAUCGUUGUUCUGAGGGAUUCCAGGUACAAAUCUUUCCCACUGAGAGGUGUUUGUCACUGUAUCACCAACUGAUGGCUGAUGGUGAAGAAUUCUAUCAAGACAAUUAGUCAUAAUGUUUUCUUAACAGUGAGCUGCCCCUGUUAAUGAGUAAAGAAAUACCUUCAGUAACUUCAUUUACUAGUAAGUAAAUGUACAUUGAAAUGAGCCAUUUCUUUAAGCCCUCCAGUCAAAUGUAUUUAGCACGGACUGCAGCAACAAAGUAUUUCUUACUUCCCCGAGACAAUUUCAAGUCUUCUUACCACGAGAUAGAUUUAACCUUUUUGAUCCCAUGUGAUAGAUUUCAUUUAUCUCUCAUCCUGACACCUCUUGUAUUCCUCAGACGUUUUGUCUGAAUGACAGCACCAGAACCCUUGAUUAUGGAAUACUCUUUACAAAAGAGAGAGCUGUGGCAGCAAUGUGUUACAGUGCCCACUGUAAUGGCCCAAAAAACUGUACUGUCAUAUUAACAGAGACAUGGGUCUGAUUAGAAUCAUGAAUAUGACAGCUUUAUUCAGAAAGACUAAUUUCUUGUUUCAAGUGCUUGUUAAUAAAGUUCUACUUUUCAAACUUUG